GUGGCUAAGGAACUCGCUAGGCUAGGCGGCACCGAGGUAAACCCCAUUGUUGUCAUCGUUUCACCUCUUUUGGCGUUGAUGGAGGAUCAGAUAAAGGAAGCGGCUAAACUGGGAGUUAGUGCAGCACAGCUUGGUGUGCACGAAGACCAGGCCAUCAUGGAGGGUCGCUUCAGUUUGGUGUUUGGGAGCCCGGAGUGUUGGAUACAAACCAGGAAAUGGCGACAAAAUGCUAUCGUCUGCCGUUUAUAAAGAUAACAUCAUCGGUGUCGUCGUGGAUGAAGUUCAUCUUACAUAUAAAUGGGGCGAGUCAUCCAAAGGAGAACAGGCAUUCCGAGAGAAUUUCGCCAAACUCGGUGAGCUGAGGUCAAUUACAAAGGAAGGUACACCUGUGUUGGCCUUGACUGCGUCCGCAGACAUCAAGUCUAGAGAUUACAUCUCCAGCCUUCUUCGCAUGGACGGUGCUCGUCACAUUCUUGCCUCCCCCAACAAGACCAACAUCCGGCUGGGUUUAAAGAAGGUGCCAAGCAAGGAUCUGGACUGCCUUGACUGGGUUGUUGAGCGUUUGAAAGACAAGGGUUCAACCAUGCAGCCAAUACUGAUUUACUGUCAGACUAUGACAAAGGUGGGGAAAGUUUUUGCAUAUUUGAAAGCUGAACUUCAACAACAUGCCUGGGUGGACUGUGACCCUGACUGUAGAAGUGAGACCCUGUUGAUAGGGAUGUUUCACAGUAAGACCCUCCCCCAACACAAGGAAAGAGUGUUGGCCUCACUGGCAGGGGAAGGUAAUUGCCGUGUCGUUGUGGCUACAACUGCUUUGGGAUUGGGGAUGAAUUUCCCUAAUGUAUCACAUGUGGUGAUGUAUGGUGUUCCUGGGGACUUAGAGUCAAUUGUGCAACAGGUGGGGAGGGCUGGAAGGAAUGGACAGUCAUCACAUGGCAUCAUUUACAACCCAGGACAUAAUUACAAAAUUGACAAAGAGGUGAAGGAAUUGCUUACUCUUGGAAAAACAACAUGCAUCAGGAAAGCUCUGUACUGCCAUUUUGAAGCUGAGCCCUGUGGUGUUGAGCCAGCCCAUCAUUGUUGCACUUAUUGCCAAAGUGUCUGCUCUUGUUCACCGGGCACAUGCACAGAGCCCACCCCAGAAUAUGAACAGUCUCCCGGCAAGCCAACGAACCCGAGAUCAAGGCACGUGACUGCAGAGGACAAGUACUUGAUUGUUGACAUGCUGAAUGGAUACAGAGACAGCCUAAUAAGCCCAUCUGCUCACCUCUUCAACUCACCUGAAGCUUGCACUGGAUUUAGUCAACAACAAGUGCACUCUGUAUUGAACCACUGUCAGUAUAUUUGA